CACUGAGCUGUGAAGUUUCUGACCUCAAGACUGAGGUGAAAUGGUUCAAGGAUGGCAAGCAGUUGAUUUCCAGUAAGACUGUCCACAUGGAGUCAAGGGGCAAGAGCCGUCAGCUGGUGCUGGAGAAUGUGGAGAAGAAGGAUGCUGGAGAAUAUACUUGUGAAGCUGGAAAUGAAAAGCUGGUCUUCAAGAUUCGGGUGGAAGACAUUCAAGCUGCCUUCUCCAACAAGGACUCCUACCAGAAGGACGUCAGAGUAGCAGUUUCCCAGAAGGCCACAUUGAGCUGUGAGGUUUCUGACCCCAAGACUGAGGUGAAAUGGUUCAAGGAUGGCAAGCAGUUAAACUCCAGUAAGACUGUCCUUAUAGAGUCAAAGGGCAAGAGCCGUCAGCUGCUGCUGGAGAAUGUGCAGAAGAAGGAUGCUGGAGAAUAUACCUGUGAAAUUGAAAUGAAAAGCUGGUAUUUAAGAUUUGCGUGGAAGACAUUCAAGCUACAUUCUCCAACAAGGACUCUUAUCAAAAAGGAAGUUAAGGUUUCAGUGUCCCAGAAAGCCACACUGAGUUGUGAAGUGUCUGACGUCAAGACUGAGGUGAAAUGGUUGAAGGAUGGCAAGCAACUGACCUCCAGUAAGAUUGUCCACAUGGAGUCAAAGGGCAAAAGCCGCCAGCUGGUGCUGGAUAAUGUGGAGAAGAAGGAUGCUGGAGAGUACACCUGUGAAGCUGGAAAGGAGAAGCUUGCCUUUAAAAUUCAAGUGACCGAAAUUCAAACUGCCUUCACCAACAAAGACUCAUAUCAGAAGGAAAUCAAAGUAGCAGCUUCCCAGAAGGCCACACUGAGCUGUGAAGUUACUGACCUUAAGACUGAAGUGAAAUGGUUCAAGGAUGGCAAGCAGUUGAGCUCCAGUAAGACUGUCCUUAUGGAGUCAAAGGGCAAGAGC